AUGCUUCGAAGUCUUCGCCUGCUGCCCCUCGUGGCUUUGUCUAUCUCUGCAGUGGUGCUUCCCAGCCCACCUGGACCCUACGAUGUGUUUUAUAACACGGCAAGCAUGAUCGACAACACCAGAGUCGAUCCCUUUGAUCCCAAGCACGGCCCGCGUGCAGUGAUGACUUCGAUUUUUGCCCCGACCCACUGCAAUGUCGAUCUCGAGAACAUGGAUUACCUGCCCGCCGCAACGGCCGAAUACUACUCCGAUGAAUUCGGCACAUAUGGACUUCCCAACGGAACGCUUCAAUCCCUCUCUUUCCAGGUCUGUCCAGAGUCGCCAACAAAGCAUCACGUCCAGUUUCCAGUGGUGAUCUUCUCUCCUGCCCUUGGUACAACGCGACUGUUCUACAGUGCCAUUGCACAAUCUGUGGCUAGCGCCGGGUACAUCGUGGUUUCUAUUGAUCAUCCCUAUGACGUAGAGUUCCUGGAGUUCCCGGAUGGCCACAUCGUGACUGCUGCAAAUAUCACCGACGACCAAGUUCCACUGGAUGUGCAAACCCGAGCACAAGAUGUGAAGUUCGUGCUGGACCAGCUGAGCACCAAGGCUGGUGUAGCAUCUCUACUCCCUGGAGCACGGGCUGCAAGCUUGAAAACCCAGCAAGUUGCGAUGUACGGCCACUCUGUGGGAGGCGCGACCACAGCCGCAGCCAUGCUUCUGGACUGUCGGAUUAUUGCGGGAGCGAACCUGGAUGGAUCGAUGUUUGGGUCAGUGGUUCAGCAAGGGCUUCGACGUCCAUUCCUCUUGUUCGGUCAUGAGAACAAAACCCAGACAACAGAUCCAUCAUGGGCAGAGUUUUGGCCUAAUCUGCGGGGGUGGAAAUUAGAGCUGGAAUUGGCCCAGUCCCAACAUUACACAUUCUCCGACUUGCCAUUUUUGUUGAAGCUCCUGGGUGUGCCUGUUCAAGACAUACCGGCCAUAAAGACGAGGGUUGGGGCUUUGGAUGGGUCUAAGGCAUUGGAAAUUGUCCAACGAACGAUAGUUGCCUUCUUGGGUUUCGGACUUCGUCAAACAUCGGUGAAGCCACUUCAAAGAGCUAUUUCGAAUUAUUCAGAGAUAUCUGUUUUUGCACGAUAA